AAAUAGUGAAAAUAUAAGAUGUUUGUAAGUUAGGUAUAUAUUUGAAAAUUCAUAAUAAAAACAAAGUAUUAAAAAAAAUCUAUCCUAGAUAUGCAGAGAGAAUAUGUGGAUAACAUAAGUUAUCCACCCACAACCACAUGGAUAAAAUAAUCUAACCUGUCCUCAAUAAUUUCCAUCUCUCUCUGCGUCUCUCAACAACGUCAAUCUUCUCCCCAACGCCAAAAUCUUGAAUAACUCUACAAUCAAUCCAUGGCUUCCAUGGCUGCUACAUUCACAAACUUCUUAGCCAAACAAACCCCAUACCUGAGUCCUGUGAGCAAAACAACUCUUCAAUUCUCCACCAAUCACCUCCCAACAAAAGAUCACCUGAUGUGCAAGCUCCAGACGGGCCGCAGCGUGAAAUCGGCGGCGGCCGCGACGGGCGUGGAGAAGGUGAGCCGCGACGAGAGGGUCCAGAAGGUCCACAGCAUGGCGGAGUUCGACGAGGCCCUGCGCAAGGCGAAGAACCGGCUGGUGGUGGUGGAGUACGCGGCGAGCGACAGCGAGAACAGCAACCAGAUCUACCCGUUCAUGGUGGAGCUGAGCCGCAGCUGCAGCGACGUGGACUUCCUCCUGGUGAUGGGCGACGAGUCGGAGGCGACGCGCGCGCUCUGCGCCCGGGAGAAGAUCGAGCAGGUGCCGCACUUCAGCUUCUACAAGAGCAUGGAGAAGAUCCACGAGGAGGAGGCCAUCGGCCCCGACCAGCUGGUCGGGGACGUCCUCUACUACGGAGACAGCCACUCCGCCGUCGUCCAGCUCCACUCGCGGGAGGACGUGGAGAAGCUCAUCGGCGACCACAAGGCCGACGGCAAGCUGAUCGUGCUGGACGUCGGCCUCAAGCACUGCGGGCCCUGCGUCAAGGUCUACCCCACCGUCAUCAAGCUGUCGCGCUCCAUGGAGGACACCGUGAUCUUCGCGCGGAUGAACGGCGACGAGAACGAUAGCUGCAUGCAGUUCUUGCGCGACAUGGACGUGGUGGAGGUGCCCACCUUCUUGUUCAUCAGAGAUGGCAACAUUUCGGGCCGCUAUGUCGGGUCGGGUAAGGGGGAGCUUAUUGGGGAGAUUCUUAGAUACCAGGGAGUUCGGGUCACCUACUGAUUCAUCCACACUUCUAUUCAUCACUAUGGACUUUCAUAUUCAUACGUAAUUCAAAUAGUAGGAGAUAGGAGUGGGGAUGGAACUCAUAUUCAUCCUUGAAAUUAAUUUUUAAACAUGUGCUGAGAUGAGCAACCAUAUUGUAUAUCCAUGGUUGUUCUGUUUAAUUAAGAUUGAAUAUUGUUGGAAGAAGACCAUGUGGGGUACUUAGCUUUUUCGUUGUUAAUUUGGUCCAUCGGUUCCUUCAUCUUCCACGGAAAAUAUACUAUAUAUUUUCUUACUAUAAA